ACAACAACGAAAUCAAUGCUGAAUCUUCCAAAAGUCGAAAACGCGAUUCAUUUACAAUGGAACAAGGCAGCCUGCACGUGUUGAAAACCAAUGCAGCAAAAAAAGCGUACCACACGGCUGUAUCCUUGGACUGUGAGCCCGUAGCUUUUUAUCUCUCAGCAAAAAACACCGAAGAGGAAAUGCAGGUGCAUGGUUUCUUCCAUGAAAGUGACAUCAUUCAAAUGUGCGAUAAACUGCCUAUUGCAGCGGAUGCGACGAUACCACAUCUGGAUUGUACCAUCCAAUUCCAUGAAGGAGAUACCCCGAUUAGCCCAACAGACGUUCCAGGGAAACAAGUUAAUAUGAUGCUUGUAGCCAACCAGGUUGUGCGCUCAUCAUUCAUUCCCAGUCUUCUAACGAAAAAUGGUCCGUACGCUGAACCAAGCACGGAAUUGCUGGCGCUCCUCAAUUACGAUUUUCGUAUCUCACCAUCGCUCUUACACGCUGUUGCGAAGUUGUACACAGGCGCCAUCAUCAUCGACAAAGAAAUGGUAUUUGCAAUCACAGUGGAAGCUUAUUGCCGUGGCAAGGCUACAGAUAUUCACGGAGAGACAAACUUCAAGACACUGCCAUCACCAUCAACCUGUGUUUACGGAUCUUUAUCAAUUGGCGUCUUUGAAGAAUCUGAUGGCAAAGCAAUGAAAAAGAAACUUAAGAUCGAUAGCAAGCAUAUGAAUGUCUUGGUAACUCUGUCUUGUCGAUUGCAGAGUGAUUCAUCCUCGGCUGUUGAUAUUGGCCCCACGUCGUCGUGUUCUGUUCACAGCAUUGAUCCCAGUUCUGCUCGCAUUUUGUUUCGCCAAAGCCGCACGGAGGAGUUUAGUGCAAUCAUGAAACACGAGCCAAUGUCGUAUUCGCCAGCCCCAUCAAUUACAUCAAUGCGUCAACUGAUUUCAGGGUUCAAUCAUCCUUCAACUUUUGCCAUGACAAGAGCCUCCCAUGAAGAAUUUGACUCCGAUCUUUUGAUGCCUUGUUCCAUUUUCACAGUUUGUGACUUGCCUCACAACCAAGGAUACGGUUCUGCGGCCAAUUCAGUGGGAAAAGUAUCAUCUCGGUUCUUACAAGUCUUGGGACUCUCGUUCAUCAAAGGAACUCCUGCCAGCUUUGAAUCAGCCAUCGAAUCUUUUCUUGCGUUUAGCAAAACAAAGGGAUCUGACAUGACGGCAUCACAAUCAUUGUCAACUUUGAAAAAGUUUAUUGAAGAGUUGAAUCAUAUCUUAAAAGACAGUCAAGCUUUGUCUCCAGUAAUUAUUGCAACGAAAGUCAAUUUUUCAACAAUUGCAAUCGAAGCCAGCACAGCAGUGUCAUUAGCCAAUCAAAAGAUCAAGAAAGAUGUACUUCAACGUUUGCAAACAUUGUACAAUAACCGUUGACUAGCAGCCAGUAAAAGAGAGAAGUCAAGCAGAAUUCAAUUGAUUUUUUUUUUCUUUUGCAAACGCA